AUGACCCGGCCGCAUCACUCGAUCGCAUUCAGCAAUCAACGAUGCCAUCACAUCCUCGGUCGUCGCGCAGAAGAACCUGACGAUGAGCGACGAUCCGGAAUUUCCCUGUCCGAUCAGCUCGCCGAACUGCGGCGGCAACGCGCCCGUGCGGAUCGGCUGAUUACCGAGGCUUCGCGCGUGAAUGAUGAGACGGAUCGCGAAAUGUAUGCCGAGGCGCUGCGCGGAUGGACCGAUUAUAAGUCGAUCGCCAACAAGGCGGUCGAACUGGCACUGGAAAAUCGUAACGCCGAGGCCUCGGUCAUCUCGCUGGGAACCGCCAACAAGGCCGCCGUCAAGGUCGGCGAUAUGGUCGACGAUCGUCAAGCGGCAGCGAAACGAGUUGAAGGUCGCGAACGAGGCCGGCGAUACUCUUUGCGCCCAAUCGCGCCUCAUGCUGUUCAUCGUGGCCGGGGCGGCCUUCCUGCUCGCCAUGGCUGGCGCCCUAUGGAUCAGCCGCAUCGUCUCGCAGGGUCUGAACCGCAUCUCCGUCGCGCUGGGUGCGGUGGCGAUCGGCGAUCUGGACCAGCGGGUCGAGGUGGCAGCAAUGACGAGAUCUGCGGGGAUCUGGUGGUGGUCGUCAAUCACAUGACGGACAAUCUGCGGACCUCGGCCACGCUGGCCGAUCGAUCGCGCAGGGCGAUCUGA